UUGUUAAAAAGCAUUGCUCAGUCGUGCCUAGGACUUCAGCCUGAUUCAAUCUAAAAGUGAUUAUGUAUAAGUGAAUACUUAACAAAAUGUUUGUAAAUUCACUUGUUAAUACCCUCGUUCGGGGGGAAAUAAACACGGAGAAGGGAAAAGAUUGGAAAUUUGACGGUGUUCCACAUAAAUUCAGCUUUUCAGUUGAGAAAGGAAUAUAUCUGGUGGGAGUGGACCUGCUUGGCCUGCCCCUCGACAGCAAGAAGGAAAAGGAGGCCACGACGGUAUACUUAAGCGUCGUCGAGUCGGACAUUUUGAGGAGGAGGAGGUGGGGGCGACCCAUGACAUUGAUGCCAUUGAAGGUAUUCAACGUGGUUCUCGAGAAGGACAAGCUCACGAGGAUCCACUUGCCGUUUCCAGUUCGGAUUCAGCCUGAGGUUUGGGUGGAUCUUGGCGUCCAGAUCGAAGGGACAAAGACGGCCAUCAUGAAAGCAAAGGGAGGCGACCAGAUACUUGGAGAUGACAAGAUGGUGGUGUUUCAUACCUUAUUCAGUAGAAACACUCUUCAAAUGCCACAAAUACAUUAUUUGUUGGCCUGAGUUUCUGGGUUCCAAAUUUUCCCAACUCUUGUAAAUGGUAUCAACAUGAGAAAUAUCUAAUGGUAGUGGUAGUAAUAUCCUCCAGCAUGUAAAUUCAUAAUACAUUUCGUUCUGAGCCAGAACUUCUGACUAUGAGAUUUUAUGAGACUUCUGCUUGUUAUGAGUGACUUAACUUGAUAAGCACUUUAAUUUUAAAAUGAAUUUGCUAAAUCUUACUCUACAAGAGUAACAAUAUGUAAUUCAAAAAUCAUGGUUUCAUAAGUUAAGCAAGUUGACUUGAAUAAAUUAAUCUAAUUAGAG